AUUAUGUUUGGCACUGUCGACGCGACCACAACGUAACUCCAAGAUCGGAUCCGAGGAUCGCGGUGCCUAUAGAUAUAGCAUAACCGUAUAACCACUUACCAUUACCAGAUACCUUUGGCAACCGUCGUCGUCGUCACGUGAACGUGUCGCGAUCGCUCAUUCUGCUCGUCAUUCAUCUGUCGCCUCGUCUUGUGCAAUUUGGCUGUCGAAUGUGGAAGAAUGUCUUGCAUCUGGAUUUGUGUACCGAGCUCUUAACGUUUGUCUGCCGCCGUCUGUGAUCUAGUGAUCUAGUGCCUUUCAAUCGAUCAGCUUGACCUUUUGAGUUCGCCGAUCAGGAAAUCGAAUUGCAAUCUAUACAAAAUAGCAUACAAAAUAGUUUGAAAAUGUCUAGCCCAUGUGUGAUCCUGCUGAUCGGUUUACUAUAUCUUUGCGUUGGUCCAUUCACAAUUGCCCAAGGCUCAGAAUUGGCAGAGCGCAACCACAAGAAACGCCAAAUCUAUCGGGAACAAGUAUUGCCACAUGCGGGUGGUAAGAUACCCGACACCGCCUUUGAGACGGAUCGAUUGUUUCUGAAUCGCCUGCAAAAGGAGGGCAUCGCAGUGCCAGAUGGUAUAGUGCCCGAGCAGCGGAAUCCUCAGGUGUAUCAGUACUACAGCAAACCCAUGCGCACCGUCUUCCACAUCGCCCUGAGCUCGGAUGGGAGGUAUACGCCGCGGGAGGGACGAUACCACUACCGCCAGGUGCCCACCGUGGAGACCACGUACCUGUACCCGCAGGCGGUGGGACGUCAGCACGUGGUGGUGCCGCCAAAGCACGCCCUGCCUGUCUAUCGGCAGCUCCAGCUGCACAAUCCGCUGCUCAACCAGGUCAAGUUGCAGCCCAAGAAGAUGCCCAAUUUUCUGGAACUGGCGCCCACAGUUGGCAAGAGUCAGUCGCUUCCAUUGGCCGGAUCGGCCAAGGCGCAGUCUUAUCAGAAUGUGAAUCUACUGCAUGGUCACAGUCCGGUGCUGCCCGCUUUCAAGAAAACCUCCAGGGGCAGCAAGACCUAUGUGGACAGCUAUGGCACCACACAUCUCUUCAGCGAGUUUGACGAUCUGCUGAACAAACUGGACCUGCAGCAAACGGGACAAAAGAAUUAUUAGUUUUAAAGCUGUAAAUGCCCGAAAUGUGGUAGAAUUCAUGAAUAUGGCAACUAUGAGAUUUAUCUCCAGCCAAGAGUUAAGUUUACGAGUGGUUCGCAUCCAUUAUCUAACCAUGUGCAUAUCAUUUCAAAACUUUUGCCAUACGCCCGCUCACCGUUUGGUGCAUUUCCAUUCCCAUUCCCAUGUUUGCGAACCAUUCAUGCCCAGCCCAUGCACAGAGAAAAAAUGUUGUCAUAACCGCGGCAAAAUUCAGUUUUAAAACAGUAUUCCAAAAGAUAUAUUCUUGACACGCCAACAUAAUAGAUUCAUUAAAACUUUAAAUAAAUACAUUUUAUUUCAUAAAAUUAUAUUAUUAAAUU